AUGGAGUUAGAGGACCAGAAUAGAGUGCUGAAUGAUAUCACUAUCCGAAAUUCUAACAAAUUACCUAGUACGAACUUGAAGCCAAGAAGAAAAGUUCCACCCCCAUUACUCGAUCCAUCGACCUCUACAUUAAGUGAAUCUGAUAAAAAAAUAGUCAGUUCUAUAUAUAAUGUACGGUACGAAGCUAUUAGUAAAGAGAUUAAUGAAUGUAUAUCUGAUUUUGCUAAUUUAGAUACAUUACCUGACUCCUUUGGUGAUGAUGAAAUAACUUUACAUGAUACCGACAACGACGAGGAUCCUUUCAAACUAAUCGAAAAUGAAGAAACUCGUUUGACUUUAAAACAAGCUGAAGAGAGAUAUGGUGUGACUUCAUCAAACCCUGAUGAUUCAGAUUUUUUGGACCCUGUUCUUGUUGCUGAAUAUUCCGACAGUAUAUAUAAGUACAUGAGAAAACUAGAAGCAAAAUAUAAGCCAAAGAAUGACUAUAUGAAUAAUCAGACUUUUUUGGAUUGGGAGUUUCGUCGAACAUUAGUUGAAUGGUUAGUUAAUAUCCAUCUAGAUUUAGAUUUAAUCCCUGAGACUUUAUUCUUGGCAGUCAAUUUGAUGGAUAGGUUUUUAUCGAAAGAAUCGAUAACAUUGAAUAAGUUUAGAUUAGUUGGAAUUGCUGCAUUAUUUAUUGCUACUAAAAUGGAAGAGCAUAAAGUACCAUCAUUAGAGGACGUAUUAGAAGCCCUAGAUGGUCAAUAUUCGGCAGAAGAAAUUAUAGAUUCAGAAAGAUUUAUUCUUGUAACAUUAAGGCAUAGAUUGGGUUGGCCUGGACCAAUGUCAUUCCUAAGGAAGACUAAUAAAGCUGAUGAUUAUAAUGAUGAUAUUAGAACACAUGCAAAAUAUUUUCUAGAAGCAACGUUAGUAGAGGCUAAGUUUGUUGCAUGUCCACCUAGUUUAUUAGCAGCUGGUGCAUAUUAUAUUAGUAAAUACAUGAUCACCUCUGAUAACUCAUGGUCAUUAAAACAUGUAUAUUAUUCUGGUUAUACAAAGGAUCAACUUGCACCAUUAGUGAAGUUUCUUUUAAAAAAUUGUGAUAAUGGGAAAACUACUCAUAAGAAUAUUAGAAAGAAAUACUGCAAGAAAACAUAUUCAUCUACGGUGAAAUUAUACGAAGCAUGGAGAGGAAAACAAUAA